AAUUGAAUAGCUUUUCGCGUCUGUCACACGUGAAGCAGUAUUUUUUCUAGCACAUCUCAUUUGAAUACCUUCUUACGACUUCCAACCCUUGAACAAACAAAAAUAGUAGACAUUGCUAUCUUUUGAAGUGAGCACUUUUGUUUUCUCUUUCCCUGAAAUGACAAACACCGAAGAACAAAACGAAAUUGCCCAUUUACGUUCGUUACUGAAAGACAAAGAGGAUGAGAUUGCUCGACUGAAGCUUCUCAUUGGAACUGUAGGUCUACCCGAGAUUGACAAAGAGGAUCCAUCAGGGAGGACGCCAACGGUGCCGGCUGCACGUCACGGCUACUUGACGAAAGACGAAGUCUCGCGCUACAGCAGGCAAUUAAUUCUGCCUCAAGUCGGCGUUGAAGGACAGAAGCAGUUGGCAAACAGUUCCGUCCUGAUUCUAGGAGCCGGUGGACUUGGUUGCCCGGCAGCUAUUUAUCUGGCAGCGGCUGGUAUUGGACAUUUGGGGGUAGUCGAUUACGACGUCGUCGAACUGAGCAACCUGCACCGACAAAUCAUGCACCGCGAGGCGAGUGUAGGUGUUUCGAAAGCUGCCUCUCUGGCCCAGGCGGUCCGUUCACUCAACUCUCGCGUUCGUGUGACCGUUCACGACGUCCAGCUGGACGGCAGUAACGCCAUGGGCAUCGUGUCUGGCUAUGACGUGGCGCUGGAUUGCUCAGAUAAUCCGGCCACACGCUACUUGAUCAACGAUGCUUGCGUCCUUUCUGGCCGGCCCUUGAUCUCGGGCAGCGCCCUCCGCUGGGAAGGUCAACUGACGGUCUACAAUUACCGAGACGGACCUUGUUACCGUUGUCUCUACCCGACGCCACCCAAUCCCCAGUUUGUCACCAAUUGCUCGGACGGCGGAGUCAUCGGAGCAGUUCCAGGUUUGAUUGGUACACUGCAGGCGAUGGAAACCAUCAAACUUCUUUUGGCCGAGGUGAAGCCGGACACGUCCAAUCAUUGCCCAACUGGUCCUUCGUUCAGCCGCCGAUUGCUCGUCUUUGACGGAGAGAGUGGAAUGUUUCGUACCGUCUCACUACGCCCCAAGCAGCCAGACUGUGCCGUAUGCGCCAGCCCGCAAACGAGGACCAUUAACCGUCUCGAGGACGUUGAUUGCUUUUUCUGCGGUCGAGGUCCUCACGACAAGGAUGAAGGACUGCGAAUAUUGAAGGGCGAAGAUCGCGUGACUGCGUCUGAAUUCCGGAAUGUCGUCCAGUCGAUUGAAAUGGAAAGACGACCGCACCUUUUGAUUGACGUCCGCCCUCACCUGGAAACGUCCAUCUGUUCCCUGCCAGACAGCGUCAACGUACCGUUUGAGUACCUGGAACAGCGUGUCGAUGAACUCAAAGAGCUGGUCAGUCGACAUUUAGCCCGGAAGGAUGCCGCACAAUCGCCACUGUCAGUGUACGUCGUUUGCCGUCGCGGCAAUAACUCACAGCUGGCCGUCGAGCGUAUGCGGACCCUCCUGCCACCCGAUUGGCCAGUCAUCAUCAAAGACAUCGUCGGCGGAUUGCAAGCAUGGGCCGAACAAGUCGAUCCAUUGUUUCCAAUCUACUAGUUGUGCCCCUUCUUCUUUCUUUUCUUCUUAACCAUCGCCAACUUUUUCUUUUUAUUUUGAUCGUCUUGCAAUUUAAUACGAGCGGCCAAGGAAAAAAGUAUGUGACGCAAAAAGUUUUCACAGAACGGAUGAAAAAAAAGAAAAGAAAGAAGAGGGCACUGAUGGCCUGUACAAUGCAGAAUGCAAAAUAUAAAAGCUAUAGAGUGAAAUCAUAAGAAAAAGUAUAUAAAGAUAUUGGAUUGAUAUUGAACGAUAUCAGGGGUUGGGGGGGCUCCUUGGAGACGAGAAGAAACAUAAGCAGAAAGGAGGGGAUUCAAUCAGAUACGAAGCCAAACAUGCAACGGCAACAUGUUCUUGUUCGAUAGUCUUCCUAAACUUGACUGCCAUAACUUUUCUUUAUUUCUUGAAAGAAGAAAAGCAAAAGAGCAUUGAAAGAUGGAAGAGUGAACAGAGAAUUUGUAAUACAAAUCAGAUGUAAUAAAAAGAAAAAAGAAAAUUGGAACUCUG